AUGCGCUUCACUCUCGCCGCCGCUACCGCCCUCUUCGGUGCCAUUGCCACCGCUGCUCCCGCUGCCCAGAGCACCGGCGCCCCCGACCCCAACACCUACGAGAACAUCGACAUUGCCGACUUCACCGUCCGCAAGAACGACGGCAUCCAGUCCGUCUCGUUCAAGCUGAGCGGCAAGGACGCCAAGGACCUCGACUGCUCCGCCAGCAACCCCGGCCUGCCCUCCGAGGUCAUCACCUGCGGCGAGACCAAGUACCGCUUCGCCCUGUACUCCGGCCAGGAGAGCGAGUUCGCCCUCCGCAUCUACCACGAGCUGGGUCUUGCUGUCGGCUUCUACGGCGAGGGUGAGGUUCCCACCUACUGCCACGCUGGUGGCAACGGCCCCAACGACUUCGUCUGCUCCCAGGUCUCCGCGACUACCAUCGUCAUUGAUGGCAUGUAA